UCGGAGCACGCAGAGCGUCAUUUCCGCCCUCAUCCUCGGCCCCACACGGAGGGGACGGAGUCAAGCGGAAGGCGCGCUGCUUGUGCGUCACUUCCGGUGAGUCUAGCGGCGACAACGGCAACAUGGCCCUGAACGGCUCUGAAGUCGACGACUUUUCCUGGGAGCCCCCGACCGAAGCGGAGACGAAGGUGCUGCAAGCGCGGCGGGAGCGGCAGGAUCGCAUCUCCCGGCUCAUGGGCGACUACCUGCUGCGUGGUUACCGCAUGCUGGGCGAGACGUGCGCGGACUGCGGGACGAUCCUCCUCCAAGACAAACAGCGGAAAAUCUACUGCGUGGCUUGCCAGGAGCUCGACUCAGACGUGGAUAAAGAUAAUCCGGCUCUGAAUGCCCAGGCUGCCCUCUCCCAAGCUCGGGAGCACCAGCUCGCCUCUGCUUCAGAGCCCCCCUUGGGCUCUCGGCCUGCCCCUCAGCCCCCAGUACCCCGUCCAGAGCACUGUGAGGGAGCUGCAGCAGGGCUCAAGGCAGUCCAGGGGCCACCCCCUCCUGCUGUGCCUCCAAAUGCAGAUGUCGUGGCCUGCACACAAGAGGCUCUCCUGCAGAAACUGACCUGGGCCUCAGCUGAGCUGGGCUCUAGCACCUCCCUGGAGACUAGCAUCCAGCUGUGUAGCCUUAUCCGGGCUUGUGCUGAAGCUCUGCACAGCCUGCAGCAGCUGCAACACUAAAGAACCCCUCCUGAGAAAAUCCCUGUAGAAAAACA